UCCACCGGCCUCGGCGUCUUUCUCUUUCUCCUCACCUCCAUCUCUACAUUGAACUGACCUUUUCGUUAUUAUACCUAUUCCUGCCAUCCCACCCCCCCCCCCCUCAAGACACAAAACUACCUCUUCCUCUUCACUUCCGGCACAUACUUACUGCUUACCUACCUCCUGCCUCCUAUCGGACCUCAGUUGUUCGCCAUGAAGCCUUCUUGGCGAGGCUUCACGAGCGAUGUCCUACUCCAGUAGACAAUGAUCUUCAAGAAGUCAACUAUCGCCCUCUGUUCCAGCUGCAACCUCCCCUCUUUUCUGUCCUCGUCACCCCCCUGCGGCAUAACGUCACCAUGUAGUUCGAGUCCACGAUGGCCUUACCUCUCGGGGCGCAUCGUCUAUGCUCCGAAUUUUAGCUCAGAACCCGUCAGCCAUGUCCCUCGGCGGCCGAAUCGAUAUUAUGCGACGACUUCCAACGAGCCCAAGAGGGAAGCUACCUCGCCCGACGACCAUGUCUGGCCAUCGUCACCCCACCCGACGCCCUACGAGAUAUUCGGUCAGCACCGGACUGCGCCCUACAGAAAGGCCAAGUACUACGAACUGGUCAAGAUCUACCAUCCGGACCGACAUCGCCACGCGUCCAACCACCGGCUGCCUCACAAGGUCCGACUCGAACGCUACCGGCUGGUCGUCUCGGCACACCACAUCCUCAGCGAUCCGGCUAGGCGACGAGCGUACGACCUGUACGGCGCCGGGUGGGCCGGGAACCGGAGCAUGGAAAACCUCUACCGCACCGCCGACAAAUCUUGGCGCGAACGUCCGGGGAAUGCGAGUAUGAAUGCCACGUGGGAGGACUGGGAGCGCUGGUACCGCGAGAGAGAUGGCGAGACGAAGGAAGAGCAGCAGCCCGCGUACAUGUCCAACCAGCUGUUUGCCGGGGUCCUGUGCGUCUUUGUAGUCAUGGGAAGUCUGGGCCAAGCCCAGCGAGCCAGUUCGAAUACGACGAAUCUGGUAGAGACGAAGGAGCAGCAUCACGCCGAGAUUAGUCGGGACAUGAAGAGACGCCAGACCGAACAAGUCAACCUCAACAGACACGAGAGAGUCGAAAGAUUCUUACGCCAAAGGGAGGCAUGGCACUUGUCCGUGCCCGCGAAAUCCGGUCGCGCGGCUAGUUCCGCUGGCAAACAGGAUCCAUGAAGCCUUCCACCUACUG